UUUGUCGGUCACGGUCACGGUCAGCCUGCAGUGCCAUAACGGCUAUUCCGCGGGCACUGCAAGUCAGAGCUACAGCCACCUGCAUCGUGCACUGUUUGAACUGACACCUGCAAGAACUCUAUGGCCCAAGACUGCCCGUGCGAUGUUUUGACAAUAUCAAUCGUAUGAAAGAAGCAUCACCACAGUUGCGGCAAUAUGCUGCUCCAUGAGCGCAGUCCCGACACCUCACCGUUUACCGGUUCUGCUCAGCGACACCACAACUUCAACACCUCAUACAACUCCAACAUGUCUGUCGCGGCGUCGCCGAUAUCCUCGGCGGGCUUUUCAAAAUCGUUGUUGUUUGCAUCACCUACGCCUACUCCAUCGUCCAGACACGAACGCCAACAAUCCUACUCACCUUCUACGUCCUUGACCUCAAUCCCAUCGCACGUCCGCACCCACUCCCUACAGCGGCAGGCGAGCACCUCCAGCACGUUUGCGCCCAAGUUCAUCAAAUCAGAAGAACUCCGAAGAAGCGAGGAUAAGAUCUCUGCAAUUGAGGGCGAAAAUGAUUUCUCGGGCAAGCGAUACGUCUGGGUCAAAGACCCCGAGAAGGCCUUUGUGCGAGGCUGGAUCAUCCAAGACCUGCCCGACGAUAAGGUGCUGGUGCAAUUUGAGUCUGGCGCCCAAGUCGAGGUCGACAUCGAGGAGGUGGAUAAGGUCAACCCCGCCAAAUUCGACAAGGCGGAUGACAUGGCAGAGCUCACCCAUCUCAAUGAGGCCUCGGUCAUCCACAACCUCUACACCCGUUACCAAGCAGAUCUUAUCUACACGUACUCUGGACUGUUCUUGGUCACCAUCAACCCGUACUGUCCUCUACCCAUUUACGGAAACGACUAUGUUAGAAUGUACAAAGGCCAGGCGCGGGAAGACACCCGCCCUCACAUAUUUGCCGUGUCAGAUGCAGCAUUCCGGCGCUUGGUUGAGGAAGGUGAGAACCAGAGCAUUUUGGUAACAGGAGAGUCCGGUGCUGGAAAGACAGAGAACACAAAGAAAGUGAUUCAAUAUCUUGCAGCUGUCGCAACGUCAGACUGCGAUACGCCAUUGACAGGCAGGACUCCUGGCAAACAGCUCUCCAACCUUUCUCAGCAGAUACUUCGAGCAAAUCCGAUCCUGGAAUCAUUCGGCAAUGCUCAGACAGUGCGGAAUAACAAUUCGUCAAGAUUCGGCAAAUUUAUUCGGAUCCAGUUCACGCGCUCUGGCCAGAUUGCAGGUGCAUUCAUCGACUGGUACCUCCUGGAGAAAUCCAGAGUCGUCAAGGUCAGCUCACAAGAGCGUACUUAUCACAUUUUCUAUCAGUUGCUCGCCGGUGCUGACCAGCGCAUGAGAGAUGCCCUACUCAUCUCUGGCAUGGAUAUUGAGGAUUUUGCCUAUAUCCGAGCUGGAAAUGACACCAUCGGUGGUGUGUCUGACCGCGAUGAAUGGAACGCGCUGAUCGAAGCAUUUCACGUCAUGAACUUCUCAGAGAAUGAGCAGACAGCCAUUUUCAGGACAAUCGCAGCAAUUUUGCACCUCGGAAAUGUAUCCGUUCGGCAAGAAAGCAGAGCAGCUGACCAAGCAACGUUGACUCCGGAAGCUCGGGCAUCAGUUGACAAGGCCUGCCGGUUGAUGGAUGUCCAGACAGAACCAUUCAUCAAAGGCCUGCUUCAUCCAAAGGUCAAGGCCGGCCGAGAAUGGGUCGAGAAGGUACAGACUCCUGAACAGGCCCGUCUCGCUCUAGAUGCCUUGGCUAAGGGCAUCUAUGAGCGCGCCUUCGGUGAUCUGGUGUCGAAGAUUAACACUCAACUCGACAGAAGUGGCGUCAGCGGUGACGACAGUCACUUUAUAGGAGUGCUCGAUAUUGCUGGCUUUGAAAUCUUCGAAAACAACAGCUUUGAACAGCUGUGCAUCAACUAUACCAACGAGAAGUUGCAGCAGUUUUUCAAUCACUACAUGUUCGUCUUGGAGCAAGAAGAAUAUGCCCGAGAACAGAUCGAAUGGCAGUUCAUCGAUUUUGGGAAGGACCUGCAGCCAACCAUUGACCUCAUAGAGCUUCCUAACCCGAUUGGAAUCUUUUCUUGUCUUGAUGAAGAUUCGGUGAUGCCCAAAGCCACCGACAAGUCAUUCACAGACAAGCUGCAUUCAUUAUGGGAGAAGAAAACACCAAAGUAUGCACCAGCACGUACCAGGCAGGGAUUCAUCCUGACGCACUAUGCCGCAGAGGUCGAGUACUCUACUGAAGGAUGGCUGGAGAAAAACAAAGACCCGUUGAAUGACAAUUUGACACGGCUGCUGGCAGGCUCCAAAGAUGGGCACAUUGCCAACCUUUUCAGCGAUUGUGUCGACGAGGUGGAUGAGCCAUACAGCCCCCGAAGUCGCGUCAAGAAAGGUCUAUUCCGAACCGUCGCUCAGAGACACAAGGAACAAUUGAGCAGCCUUAUGCGGCAGCUGCACUCGACACAGCCACAUUUUGUUCGUUGCAUACUUCCCAAUCACAAGAAAAAGCCCAAGCAGUUCAACGCCCCCUUGGUGCUUGAUCAAUUGCGGUGUAACGGUGUACUGGAAGGCAUCAGGAUAGCACGGACAGGAUUUCCCAAUCGUUUGACAUUCGCCGAAUUCAGAUCGAGAUAUGAAGUCCUGUGCGAGAACAUGCCGAGAGGAUAUCUCGGAGGUCAAGAAGCUGCAACAAUCAUGCUAGAUCGCCUGAAGAUGGACCGAGCGAACUAUCGGGUUGGUUUGACCAAGGUAUUCUUCAGAGCUGGUGUGCUCGCGGACCUGGAGGAGCAGCGUGACAGUCUCAUCCGGGACAUCAUGGCCAGAUUCCAAUCAAUUGCCCGAGGAUUUAUGCAACGCCGAGUUGCCUUCAAACAGCUGUACCGUGCAGAGGCCACAAGGGUCAUCCAGCGCAAUCUGAAUGUCUACCUUGAUCUUCAAGCCAACCCAUGGUGGCGUUUGUUUGUGCGCAUGAAGCCUUUGCUGGGAGCGACCAGAACCGCCAGCGAGGUGAAAAAGCGAGAUGAAAAGAUUGAACAGUUGCAAACCAAGAUGAGACAAGAAGCAGCAGAAAAACACAGACUUGAAGAUGACCGGAGACGUGCCGAAAUCGAAGUCCAACGCAUCCAACAGACGUUGGAGGCCGAACGAGCGUUGGCCCUGGAUAAGGAUGAGAUUUUCAAACGACUACAAUACCGUGAAAGUGAGCUCACCGAAAAGUUGUCCGAGGCAUUGGCGGAGCAAGAAACCCUCGAAGAUCAAUUGGACGAAGCUAUGAACUCGAAAAAGAAGACCGAAGAGGAAUUGGCCACUAGACGAGAGCAGGUACUUCAGGCAGGCCAGAUCAUAACCAGACUGGAAGCAGAGAAGAAAGAAUUGCAACGACAACUCGACAAGGCUGAAGAAGAGUUGGAGAAUGUGGAAAGAACACACUCACAGAAUGAUGACAGACUCGAAACUAUCAGUCAGGAAUUGCGUGCGCUCAAGAGCCAACUAGACGUCAAAGAUCGGAAGAUAGCCGAACUCGAGUCUGCUCUACAGAAAGCGGAAAGAGAAAAGAACAGCAAAACUUCAGAUCUUGAACAGGAACUCCGCUCAUUGAGAAGUCAGUUGUCCCAAAAGGAUCGGCUGGCGGAAGAUCUCGAGUCCAAACUGCACAAAGCCGAAUCUCUUCGAGUUGAGGAACACCAUCGACAAAAUGAAGAAUAUGAAUCCCAAAUCCGACUGCUCAAGAGUGAAUUGGGAGGAAAAGAGCGAAAGGUGCAGGACCUUGAAAGCACACUGGCCAAAGUGGACAAGGACGCUGAGAGCAAAUUGGCCAGUGCCACCACCGAACUCACAACCACCAAGAAAUUACUGCGCGAAGUACAAGGACAGAAUGAGGAGCUUCGAAAGCAGGUCACCUCAUUAUCCCUCGCGUCUACGAAACACGAAGAGCAGCUUCGGCGGAAAGAAGGCGAGCUGGCGGCACUGAUGGCUGACCUGGAACAAUAUGAAAAAGAGAAGUUGAGCCUGCGUAAAGAGAACGAUGCCCUUUCCGGACGGCACGAGAGUGUGCAAGCCAAACAUAGGGAGUUGCAGGGCGAUCUGGAGAGCAUGCGGGCUCAGCGAGCGAAAAUGGAGCGAGAAGCCGCCGAAGUGAAACGCGCUCUCGAAAAGGUCAUGCCCUUCUUCACGCAGAAUUUCGCAUGAGUUACAAAGUGUCAUAUCUGUUUUAGCCUGGUCAGCGUUUCAGCGAAGUAAUACCGAGUGGGAAGAGACAUGCAGGACAUGGAGACGAUGCAAAAGGGUCAUGAGGCUCCUCACUCAAGGGUGAUGUCACCACAUCCACACGAAGUCUCAGAGAACUGAAGUGGCUUGCUUGUACGAAUGGAUGGACUGGACUGGUCUAAGUUUUGCGCAUUGGCGAAGGUGGUUUUGUUCUGAGGUAUCGGCUUAGUUGGAGUUUUGCAGGUUUGGCGUUUAUGGAUUAAGGUUGACUAGGGGCGUUUGUCUGGGAGUGAGGCUUUUCACUCUAACCAUAGUACAUAUAACAACUUGAAGUAUCUGGAGCAAGCUUGUAUUGACCCGUCCUGUAUCGCGAGAGCCAAAAGGUGUACAAGUAUGUGACGAGCUCCUGCAAGUACGAAAUUCUUUUCCUGG